UGCACCUCUCUGUCUACUGUGUACUGAGGCAGGUUCAUCCCAGAGUCUCCUCGGUGGUUGCUUUCUCAGGGAAGAAUGGAGGAGGCAGAGGCCAUAGUGAGAAAGGCUGCUAAGUGGAACAAAGUUCAGGCUCCGAGGGUCAUCUUUAAAGAUUACAGUGUUAAAAAGACAGAGUCUAAAGAACACCACAGUGUCUUCGACCUGCUGAGGAAGAGCAGCAUCAGAAACACAACGCUCAUUCUCUGCUUGGUAAGUUUCACUUUGACUACUGGGUACUAUAGCCUGUCCUUCAACACAUCUCAACUCCAUGCUGACCCCUACAUCAGUUGUUUCAUCUCAGCAGCUGUCGAGAUACCAGCGUACAUUUCCAGCUGGCUGGCUCUGCGAUACCUUCCACGACGACUGUCUGUCAUCUGUACCUUGCUCCUUGGAGCAGUGUCACUGUUCUUAAUUCAACUGGUGCCUCAACAUCUGUCAAUUAUAUCUGUUGCACUGGAGAUGUUGGGUAAAUAUGCUAUUACCACUGGUACUUCCCUGAUGUUUGCCUACACAUCAGAGCUUUACCCUACAGUGCUCAGGAACACAGCAACAGGAACAUGCACCACAGUUUCCAGAGCGGGAAGCUGCAUUACACCCUUUUUGUUAAAGCUGAGUGUAUACUUUAAAUACCUUCCUUACAUUACAUUGGGGACUCUGGCUGUUGUGGCUGCCUUUGCCACUCUCUACCUCCCGGAGAGUUUUGGACGACCUCUACCUGAAACUAUACAACAGAUGCAUAAAAGAGAAAGAUUACAGUGGCCAUGCAUCACUAGAAAAGAAACCCCAGUGUCACACCUGGACAGUCCAUUAUGAUUAUCUAGUGCUUUACUGAUAUAGGUCAUAUGAUGAUAUUGCUAUUGAGUAUCAUGGUUUACAUUUGUUAAUAUUUGAACUUUUUUUAAAGUGUAGUAGGUUAUUCAUCAAAAAAUUAACCUUCAGUUUUCCUUUUUAAUGCUUUUGAAAACAAAUGUGGAAUAAUAUAAUUAAAACAUGGAGUUGAGUUCUACAUGUAGCUAUUUUGAAGUCAUUAACAAAAUAUUAUUAAAAGCUGUUAAUAAAGGUUUAAAUGUCAGACAGAUCUUACAUCUCUAUAACCAUGUUACAAGAUGUAUUUAAGUUACAUAAAUAUAUUUUAAUCUUAUGUAUGCAAGCUACAGGUUUGUUAUCUUUUAAUGGAAAACAACACAAAAUUCUCAGGAGUUGGCUGUUAAUAAAUGUUCAGUAAUCAGGUGAAGGUUGAAAGGUUCAUGUUUGUUGUAGAACACAAGUUCAAGCAAGUUUAUGCACCAGAAAAUGUUACUACCUUUGUAAUCUAUAACCUGACAAAGACAAUAAACAUGUAAUAGAAAUUUGGCUUUAAGGAACUUUAAGACUGGAUAUGGCACAAAAGCUUUGCUAGGGUGUGUACUGCAGCUCAAGUUAUUUUCAGGCAUUUGUCUGGACAGAGACACAUAUUUUUCUAUUAUGACUAGUAUAAAGGUCACUACUAUUGACACAUUGCAUCCAUGCCAGCUAUGGCUUAAUACUGUGGCUAUAAUAUUGGCCCAACUCCAAGUCCUAAGUGUGAAGAAUUGCUUGAGGAAGGUACACCUCCCUUUUAAUUUAUGCUUUGGCAUUCA